CCUAAGUACAAGUACAUAUCUGUCUCAGCGAGCAAAUAAUACAAAUUGAGAGCAACACAAUUGAACGUCACAAAAAGUUUAAACAAUCUAAGAUUGCAUUGGCACCACCCAAGUGAGGGCGCCCUCUAAACAUUGUCAUUCAGUUGCAAGCAAGCACCGGACUUACAUACCAUAGUUAGAUUCACAUCGACAAAGUUGAAUAUUUUUGAAAAUUAGAAAACACCAAACAAUUUGCUUACAUUAAACAAGUAUUUAAGAACAAAAUUGCAAAAUUUGUACUGCAACUAAAAAAAUUGAUAAAAGCUGCAAUUCAAGAUGUCUGAUUUCAAUUUGAAUAGCCUGGAAGAGUGUCUGGAAAAGCAUAUACCACAAAAUGAGUUGAAAGAGGUGAAGCGUAUUUUGUACGGCGUCUCCGAACAUGAUAUUUUGGAACUACCAGCUUCUGCGGUCGCCUUGGCUGUUGAUAAUGAUUUUGAGAUAAAGGGUUAUCGUAUUUCCGCACAGACGGAGCAGAUACGAAAACCUCGCAUCGUGCGUGUGGGUGCUGUCCAGAACUCUAUUGUACUGCCCACCACCGCUCCAGUAGAUAAACAACGCGAAGCCAUCUGGAAUAAAAUACGUCUUAUAAUCAAAACUGCAGCAGCGGCGGAAGUAAAUAUUAUAUGCAUGCAGGAGGCGUGGACAAUGCCAUUUGCCUUUUGCACACGUGAAAAGUUUCCCUGGUGCGAGUUCGCCGAAGAGGCUGAGAACGGCCCGACAACAAAAAUGCUACAGGACCUUGCCAAAGCCUACAACAUGGUCAUUCUAUCGUCAGUGCUCGAACGUGAUACGACGCAUGGCGAUACCAUCUGGAAUACAACGGUGGUGAUAUCGAACCGUGGACGUUACCUCGGCAAACAUCGUAAAAAUCAUAUUCCACGUGUCGGUGACUUCAACGAAUCCACUUACUAUAUGGAAGGUAACACCGGUCAUCCAGUAUUCGAGACAGACUUUGGCAAAAUAGCAAUAAAUAUAUGCUAUGGACGCCAUCAUCCACAAAAUUGGAUGAUGUUCGGUUUGAACGGUGCAGAAAUCGUAUUUAAUCCAUCGGCCACCGUGGGUGCACUGAGCGAACCACUCUGGGGUAUUGAGGCGCGCAAUGCCGCUAUCGCAAAUAGUUAUUUCACAGUCGCAAUAAAUCGUGUGGGUAGCGAAGAGUUUCCCAAUGAGUAUACUUCCGGAGAUGGACAGAAGGCGCAUAAAGUUUUUGGACCAUUUUACGGUUCAUCUUAUGUAGCGGCACCGAAUGGUGCACGUACCCCGGGCUUAUCGCGGCAUCGGGAUGGUCUACUUGUCACCGAGCUGGAUUUGAAUUUAUGCAGACAAGUGAAAGACUUCUGGAACUUCCCAAUGACACAGCGUCUACCACUGUAUGCUGAAUCUUUGAAGCGAGCCUCUGAACUUGAUUUUAAGCCCCAAGUAAUAAGGAAGUGACAGCUGAAGGUUGCAUGUGAUUAACCGAUAUUUGUUCCCUAUGAAAUUAACAUAAUUUUUUAAUAAAAGCGACACUGUGUUUUUUCCCGAAAUAAUAAUACAAACGGCAAUUCAUAAUGGAGGAGUGGACUACGAGUAUAUCUCAAAUGGAUAAUAGAUAUUAUGACAUUGUAAAUUUAAUUUUACUAUCAAAAUUUACAAUAUCAAGAAAGAUAUGAUACCCGCAAGUCUGGGUGAGGAGCACUUGGCAGUGCUAAUAAAUGAUGGACUUUACUUAAAAAUAUAUCUAAUUAUUUACCGAAUUAAAACAUAUCAAGUUUGGCGUAUCGGAGCUUUAUAUUCGAAUCUCAAUAAUUAUUGGUAUUGAUAGUUGUUCUUCAGCUCUUCUACGGUCUCACUUUUAACAGACACAUUUAAUUUCAAGCUGAUAAAAGAAAUUAUAUUAUGUAUAUACGUUUUAAAAAUUCUGCGAUCAAAGAUUUCGAUCAUAUGACUAAACCCUAAAGAUAUUAUCGGUGAUCCACAUAUCUACGUAAGUAGCAAAUCGUUUGACCAAAAAUCACUCGCUUAAAUUUUGGUUACAUUUCUUUCUUCAUCAUUAGAGGCGGAGGCACCUCUUUACAGCUGGAUGUCAUUUCUUUAUGAACUAUUGACUUUGAAGUUUUGUCAUUUUCAAAUGGGAAGGCUUCUGCCAAAUUCGAAGUUUUGCUUAAUAAAAACAUGUGAUAAUUCGUAGAGAAUAUAAAAGAACGUACUUUGCAGAAAAUAAAA